AUGGCCCAACAUCAAACAUCAUUAGAGACUGUGCUGGAUUUCUCCCCAGUGUUUUUACUACCACCUCAUCAAAAGCAACAUGCCCAAGUGCUUCUCAACACAUGCAUCCAGCAUUAUGGCCUCGAACAGAGCGUGCAAUCUGGUUACAAGCCUGCAAGACUGGUUCACGAGAUGUUUUCCAGCGACGACGUCAGCAUCGCCUCUGCACUGUCUUACAUUGAAAACUGUAUUGGAGGCUCAUGUGCGCACUCAGGCGGUUUGGCACAUAUAAACGUCGCUAUUGAAAAGUUUGCUGAAUAUAUCGUUGACAACUUUCUUCUUCCGCUCAGAGCUUCAUCAGCCAAAACACCACAAGCCACACCAACAGCAUUGUCUUUGAGCCAAACACCCGCGCCAAUUGGCACAAGACAACGUCUGUCUAUCUUACGGAAAUCUUGUCUUUUACGUGAUCACUACCGGUGUGUGAUCUCCCGCAAAUUUGAUACAGUCGAAGCCAGACGGCGCAACGAAAAGUAUGGAGAUAUGUGUGAAGAUAACGAUGGAAAUCUUCUAAGGGAUGAAUCCGAUGGUGGAUUCGGAUUCCAGCAUCUUGAAGUUGCGCACAUCCUACCACAUUGUUUGGCAACAAUGGGGCCAGGAGAAUCAGAGUUGAGCGAGUCAAAGAUGAACGUUCUGCGAAUACUUGACAUGUUUGACCCCGGCCUGAGCCAUCGUAUUGAUGGCCCGAACAUUGAUAGCCCCACUAAUGCUCUUACACUGACGCUUGACUACCAUCGACUGUUCGGUGAAUUUCAACUCUUAUUUGAGCCGACGGGAAAGCCGCUUGAGUAUAGGAUCGAUUCGCUCGAGAGUAGUUUUCUGCGUGAUCCGAUUUUCCCUGUUACUCGUGAGCUGACCCUGAGUCCUAAUCAUACAGUUAGUCCUCCGGAUCCUAGGCUUCUGCGCGUCCACUCUGCCAUUGCACAUAUUACACCCAAUGGUGCAGGUGAUCAUAUUGAAAGAAUCCUUCGAGAUAUUGAGGAGGUGGACGUGAAGGCAGAUGGUUCAACCAACCUGGGGUAUCUCGCAGGUCUACGACUCAACGGCUGGUUAAGCACUCUGGCUGUAUUUUAA